AGGAGGAGGAGAGGGGGAAGAAGGGCGGGCACAAGCCUUUCCUCAAACUCAAUAUUUUAUACUUUUGAUACUCCUCAACGCUGGAUUUCAUCCCUCUUUUUCUCGGCCGCUUCCAGAUCUAGGACACGGAUCUACCGUGUGCAGCCAUCUAUAGUGUGAUAGAAAAAAAAAAGUAUCCGACGGACAGCCGGCUGAUGAGGAGAGUACAGAGAGGACCGCGGAGGGGGACAAGUCGCCUGUAGUGGACGGUCGGAUGGGGAUUUAUUAUUUGUCAAAAACACGGAGACCUGCACGAAUCUCCGCACAAAGUGCAGCCCGGCCUGACCGAUGCGAAUGAGAAGACAUUUUGAAGAAUUGCGCUGAUCUGAAACCUCCGAUGGAUCUACCUGAAGACGCAGCAACUUUCCGCUCACCCUCCCUGGCCAGCUCUGCUCCCCUGCAGGACUCCGCUCUCUGAGACAUGGACUCACAUGAACACAGUCCACCCAACUCCCAGCAACACCAUGAUAAAAGUGCAUGCCGAGAUCAAUCCCUGUAACAGUGUCAGCCUCUCCAACGGCCGCCCAUCUUCUUCAAGAAAUCAGCUGUCCAAGAAAGAAAGUGUUCCUCUUCCCUCGGGUCUCCGGGAGCCGUCGCUAUUUGUCUGACAACGCUGACUAAAAGGUGCCGUUACAGUUCAGUCCGGGAAAUUUAUCAAUCAGCUUUCCCUGCACCUGUCCAUUCACAGUCGCAUGCUUUUACAGGGAUGAUCGCAAUUUCCCCGAUGAUUACCAAUCCAUGCGCUUUACCUCUCCUCUGAACUCCGUGGCCCCCUCGCCGUGUGCCGGACCCCUCUCCAUAUGCCCCUGCAGCCUGCCAUGCUCCUCCAGGCCGUGCUCCUGCUGCUGCUGCUGCUGCAUUGCUUGGCCGCCACCCUGGCCCAGUACGAACUGUGCAAGUCCCUUGUGAGCACGGACGAGGGCUCCGUGUGGGAGCAUUACGCGUGCCAGCCCGGUACCGCGCCCAUGAAAGACUACAUGCGGAUCAAAGUGGACCCGCCGGGAAUCACGUGUGGAAACCCCCCGGAGAGGUUCUGCACUCUGGAGAACCCAUAUCUGUGUAGUGACGAGUGCGAUGCCUCCAACCCAGACUUGGCCCACCCUCCUCAGCUGAUGCAGGACCGGGAACGGAAUGGCUUACUCACCUACUGGCAGACGGUCACAUGGAGACGCCACCCGGAGCCCCUGCUGGCCAACAUCUCCAUGUCCUGGAACAAGAGUCUGGAGCUCACAGACGACGUCCACAUCACUUUUGAAUAUGGCCGACCCACAAUCAUGGUGCUCGAUAAGUCCAUGGAUCACGGACGCUCCUGGCAGCCGUACCAGUUCUACGCUGACGACUGCCUGGAAGCUUUCAACAUGCAUCCCAAACGAGUACGCGACCUGUCGGCCGCAAACAUCACCCGGGUCAUUUGCACGGAGGAGUACUCGCGCUGGGUCGGCUCCAAGAACGACAAGAAUGUGAAGUUCGAGGUGCGGGCGCGCUUUGCUGUGUUUGCAGGCCUUCGACUGCAGAACAUGGACAACCUGUACACCCGCAUGGAAAGUAUGAAGGGACUGAGAGACUUCUUCACCUUCACCAACCUGAGGAUGAGGCUGCUCAGGCCCGCGCUGGGCGGCACCUACGUCCAGAGAGACAACCUGCUCAAGUACUUCUACGCCAUAUCCAACGUCGAGGUACCCGCCAGGUGUAAGUGUAACCUCCAUGCCUCCCAGUGCCUGCUGAUUGAUGGGAACCUCCAGUGCCAGUGUGAACACAACACCACGGGCCAGGACUGCCAGCGAUGCAAGAAGGGCUUCAAAGCCAAGUCCUGGAAAGCAGGUUCCUACCUGCCACCACCCACCGGAACCGCCAACACCUGUACGAUUGCUGGUUCCCCCUCCGGUUCUAACAGCAGAGCUCCACCAGCAGAAACCAAAGCCACAGACAGCUCAGCCCUGCAAAAACACCAUGUGUUACCCACCAGCUCUUUGUCUGAGCCUCCACUGACUCCCAUGGGAGAAGCUGACACGCUUCCUGUCAGAGCAGAGGUUCUUCCUUCUUCACCAUCCUCUCCACCGGAGGAGUCUGCUCAUUCAGAAACUAUGCCUGAACACUCACAUCUGCCUAUGCCGGUCCCCGAGGAGUCCACGCAUCAUUCUGUUGUUGAUCAUCAUCAUAAUCACCAUGAACCCCAUGCAAUCACACAUGAGUCCACCCUUCAUCCGCUGAUUCCAGUUCACCAUCAUACAAGCUCAUCUGGAACGGAGGAAAAACACUCAGAGACGAGGCCUAGUGAGAGAGGAGUUUUCCACAAGUCUGAGGAACAUGGACAUGAGACUCAUGCAAGCAAAGCAACAAUACCAUUUGAACAUGGGCAUGAGACUCAUGCACAUAAAGCAACUGUAUCAUCUGUACAUGGACAAGAGAGUCAUGGGCACGGAGCAACGGUAUCAUCUGAACAAGGACAAGAGAGCCAUGGGCACGGAGCAACAGUACCCUCUGGACAUGGACAUGAGACUCAUGGACACAAAGCAACGGUAUCAUCUGAACAUGGACAAGAGAGUCAUGGGCACGGAGCAACAGUACCCUCUGGACAUGGACAUGAGACUCAUGGGCACAGAGCAGCGGUAUCACCUGAGCAAGGACAAGAGAGCCAUGGGCACGGAGCAACAGUACCCUCUGGACAUGGACAUGAGACUCAUGGGCAAGGAGCAACAGUACCCUCUGGACAUGGCCAUGAGACUCAUGGUCAUAAAGCAACAGUACCCUCUGGACAUGGACAUGAGACUCAUGGGCACGGAGCAACGGUAUCAUCUGAACAUGGAAAAGAGAGUCAUGGGCAAGGAGCAACAGUACCAUCUGUACAUGGACAUGAGACUCAUGGCCAUGUACCAUCUGUACAUGGACAUGAGACCCAUGGGCACGGAGCAACAGUACCAUCUGUACAUGGACAUGAGACUCAUGGUCAUGGAGCAACAGUACCAUCUGGACAUGGACAUGAGACCCAUGGUCAUAAAGCAACAAUACCAUCUGGACAUGAGACUCAUGGGCACGGAGCAACAGUACCAUCUGGACAUGAGACUCAUGGGCACGGAGCAACAGUACCAUCUGGAAGUGAACAUGAGACUCAUGGGGACAGAGCAACAGUACCAUCGGGACAUGAGACUCAUGGACACAAAGCAACAGUACCAUCUGGACAUGGAGAUGAGACGCAUGGGCAAGGAGCAACAGUACCAUCUGGACAUGGACAUGAGACUCAUGGGCAAGGAGCAACAGUACCAUCUGGACAUGGAGAUGAGACGCAUGGGCACGGAGCAACAGUACCAUCUGAACAUGGACAUGAGACCCAUGGUCAUAAAGCAACAGUACCAUCUGGACAUGGACAUGAAACUCAUGAGCAUGGAGCAACAGUACCAUCUGGACAUGGACAUGAGACUCAUGGGCAAGGAGCAACAGUACCAUCUGGACAUGAGACUCAUGGACAUGGAGCAACAGUACCAUCUGGACAUGGACAUGAGACUCAUGGUCAAGGAGCAACAGUACCAUCUGGACAUGGAGAUGAGACUCAUGGUCAUAAAGCAACAGUACCAUCUGGACAUGGACAUGAGACUCAUGGACAUGGAGCAACAGUACCAUCUGGACAUGGACAUGAGACUCAUGGUCAAGGAGCAACAGUACCAUCUGGACAUGGAGAUGAGACUCAUGGUCAUAAAGCAACAGUACCAUCUGGACACGGACAUGAGACUCAUGGGCAAGGAGCAACAGUACCAUCUGGACACGGACAUGAGACUCAUGGACACGGAGCAGCAGUACCAUCUGGACACGGACAUGAGACUCAUGGGCAAGGAGCAACAGUACCAUCUGGACAUGGACAUGAGACCCAUGGACACGGAGCAACAGUACCAUCUGGACAUGGACAUGAGGCUCAUGGGCAAGGAGCAACAGUACCAUCUGGACAUGGACAUGAGGCUCAUGGACACGGAGCAACAGUACCAUCUGGACACGGACAUGAGACUCAUGGGCAAGGAGCAACAGUACCAUCUGGACAUGGACAUGAGACCCAUGGACACGGAGCAACAGUACCAUCUGGACAUGGACAUGAGGCUCAUGGGCAAGGAGCAACAGUACCAUCUGGACAUGGACAUGAGGCUCAUGGACACGGAGCAACAGUACCAUCUGGACAUGGACAUGAGGCUCAUGGGCAAGGAGCAACAGUACCAUCUGGACAUGGACAUGAGACUCAUGGACACGGAGCAACGGUACCAUCUGGACAUGGAGUUGAGACGCAUGGGCACGGAGCAACAGUACCAUCUGGACACGGACAUGAGACUCAUGGGCAAGGAGCAACAGUACCAUCUGGACAUGAGAUUCAUGGGCAUGGUGCAGUACCAUCUGGACAUGGACAUGAGACUCAUGGACACGGAGCAACAGUACCAUCUGGACAUGGACAUGAGACGCAUGGGCACGGAGCAACAGUACCAUCUGGACAUGAGACUCAUGGGCAUGGUGCAGUACCAUCUGGACACGGACAUGAGACUCAUGGUCAAGGAGCAACAGUACCAUCUGGACAUGGACAUGAGACUCAUGGUCAUAAAGCAACAGUACCAUCUGGACAUGGACAUGAGACUCAUGGGCAAGGAGCAACAGUACCAUCUGGGCAUGAGACUCAUGGGCAAGGAGAAACAGUACCAUCUGGACAUGAGACUCAUGGGAAAGGAGCAACAGUACCAUCUGGACAUAAGACUCAUGGGCAAGGAGCAACAGUACCAUCUGGACAUGGACAUGAGGCUCAUAGUCAUAAAGCAACAGUACCAUCUGGACAUGGACAUGAGACUCAUGGGCACGGAGCAACAGUACCAUUUGGACAUGGACAUGAGGCUCAUGGUCAUAAAGCAACAGUACCAUCUGGACAUGGACAUGAGACUCAUGGGCAUGGAGCAACAGUACCAUCUGGACAUGGACAUGAGACUCGUGGACACGGAGCCACAGUACCCUCUGGACAUGGACAUGAGACCCAUGGUCAUAAAGCAACAGUACCAUCUGGACAUGGACAUGAGACUCAUGGGCAUGGAGCAACAGUACCAUCUGGACAUGGACAUGAGACUCAUGGACACGGAGCAACGGUACCAUCUGGACAUGGACAUGAGACUCAUGGUCAUAAAGCAACAGUACCAUCUGGACAUGGACAUGAGACCCAUGGUCAUAAAGCAACAGUACCAUCUGGACAUGGACAUGAGACCCAUGGUCAUAAAGCAACGGUAUCAUCUGGACAUGGACAUGAGACUCAUGGGCACGGAGCAACAGUACCAUCUGGUCAUGGACAGGAGGAGGCUGAGCAGAAAGACAUCCACAAGUCUGAUGAGCAUGGACAUGAGCAUGGGCACAAAGCACCUCCUGGGCACCGUCAAGAGGAACACACACACAGCGGAGCUGAAAAGAAAGCCUUGCACGGUUCUGAGGGACACGGUCGUGAGACUCAUGGACACAAAGCAACAUCAGGACACGGGCAUGAAACAGACGAGGGGGGACAUAUGCACAGAGGUCCUGACAGGACAGUCUCACAUCUGUACGAGGGACACAUGCCCAGCCACAAAGCCACGGCUUCACAUGGACACGGAGAGGAGGCGCCUCCUCACAGAAAACCUGACAGGACAGACCCUCACAAGUCUCACGGACAUGUGCACGAGACCCAUGGCCACAUAUCAACAAUGUCCUCCGGGCAUGGGACAGAAGGGCAUGGCGCAGUGCACCAUGUCACUGAAAACCAUGAGACCCCAGAGUAUGGUCGUUGGGACGACGAGGACGAAAAGAUGGAGAGUGCAAUAGGAAAGACGAAAGGACUUCUGAAGCUUUUGAUCUCAGGAGAGCCCCAGGCGAAAGAGUUGUUUGGGAUCGUAUACUAUGAUUUCAAAGACUGUGAGUGCUAUGGCCACUCCAACCGCUGCAGCUACAUCGACUACCUGAACAUUGUGACGUGCGUCAGCUGCAAACACAAUACCAGAGGCCAGAACUGCCAGCACUGCAGACUCGGAUACUUCCGCAACGCCUCUGCUGAACUGGAUGACGAGAACGUUUGCAUCGAGUGCAACUGCAACCAGAUGGGCUCUGUUCAUGACCGGUGCAACGGUACAGGCUUUUGCCAAUGUAGAGAUGGAGCCACAGGGGCCAAAUGUGAUGACUGCGUGCCAGGAUACUACUGGAAACAAGGCUGUUACCCUAACGUUUGCGACGAGGAGAUGCUGCUGUGUCAGAACGGAGGAACGUGCUACCAGGGCCAGAAGUGCAUCUGUCCUCCGGAGUUCAAGGGGGUACUUUGCCAACAGUCCCGCUGCGAGGCGGGCAAGGACUGCAAUGGCACCUCUUCGCCACACCUCUCGCCGGCCACGCUGCUGCUCUGCACUCUGCUAACCUACAUGCUGGCCACGUUAUCACCCCACUGAGAAAAUCUCCCCCUUCAGACAAAAGGAGUGUGUGCAUCCAAGUGUGUAUGUGAGGCGAAAUGGCGGCCCAGAGUUUGGGAGGGCCCCUUUAAGUCAUGGACCCCGAGAAAUACACACAACCGCACUCUUAUAAGCACACACUCACUCAUGGAACACUACCUAUCCCCAUCCUCCUUCAAACACACACACACACACACUCCUCACAGGACUGUUAGGACACCGAGUGUGUACUCAGGUGUGAGAACGACAACCAGGAAAAGAAAAAAAGGAGCAACCUCAAAGACAAGAGAUGCAGUGAAAGGGGAAAAGAAAAAAUCAUACCAACCACUGUUCCCUUUAUUCUUCAGCUGGAUCAAUGUGCAUCAAACCAAAAAGCAUAAACAUAACACCUAAAUCACCACUGUUUCACUACAAAGGGAAUGGCUGUUGUAAGCACAAGGACUUAUUCUUUUCUUUGGUUUCCUCUUGGUUGAGCCGGGGAGUUUGCCUCUGUCGGACCGACAGCUGACACGUGUAGUCGGACUUUCGUGUGACGGCGAGACGCGUUGACUCGACAGACGGGUCAGGAGGUGCUUGUUUGAUUCCGCUGCUGAGGCCUACAUAGUAUAUUAACCAAGUUUCGUUUUGUUUUCCUGAAAAAUGAGACUUGAUUUUACAUUUAUUCUAUUUCUGCUGCAUAUUGUUUUGUUUUGUUUUGUUUUAUUUUAUUGUACCUUCAGCCAUUGUAUUUAAAUGUGCCCACAAGCAGUCGCUGAGAUUAUAAAUAUUAUAUAAUAUCAAGGGGGUUAUGAAUUCUUAAAAAUAUAACAAUAAUUAGUCACCAUUACGGUUGUUUAUAGGAAUGAGUGAUUGUUGCCACACUUAACGAGAUUUACUCUUCACACUAUUCAGGAAGCAGAGUUUAACAGGUUUCAACGAAUCAGACGUCUACAUGAAAGAGAAAAGAUAUGAACCACUUAUCAAUAUUAUAUGACAUUAUUUGAAUAUUUUUUGUAGAAAUUAUUUUUGUUUGAAGUUACAAUAAAUUAUAAAAAAAAUGACAUAUAGAAUAAUUCCAAAUGUGCAUUUUAUUACACUGAGUGUAAAGCUUACAGUAAAUAUGACUGUUAUUUGACUUCUUGCUUGUACCUUUUUUCAUUUAUGUGUCAAAACAAGAUUUGACUAAAGAGCUGUGAUCUAUUUCAUUCACGUCGGACGUGGCUUUGCUCAUUACAGCAAACAGAUUAUACGGUUUGAGAGUCUGCAUUCUGUCCAAUAGUCAUAAAGAUCAACAAGGAGAUUACACAAACAUUUAAAAAGAAGAAAGAAUGGACAGAGCCCCUGUGAUGUCACCCAUCUUUUUUUUUUUGAGGUCUCGUUUUGACUUUCAUAUCCAGCACCAUGUUGGUAAGAACCAAUGCAGCCGACCCAAGUAAUCAGAAAACAUGAGUGGAAGUGGGCUGAUGUGCAACUUACUUUGGUUACUGGAAAUUAGUUAUUUUAGUUUGUCUGGCUCAUAUGAACCUAGGGCUGUUCGAUUUUGCCCAAAAAUAAAAUUUUCGA